AUGUCCAGAACCUCGUCGCAAUUCCAGCAGCUUGAAAAAUUAGGGGAAGGUACCUAUGCGACAGUAUACAAGGGGAAGAAUAGAGAGUCGGGAACUUAUGUUGCUUUGAAAGAGAUAAGCUUGGAUAGUGAAGAGGGCACUCCCUCUACCGCAAUCAGGGAAAUAUCGUUGAUGAAAGAAUUGAAACAUGAAAACAUUGUGACUUUGUACGAUGUCAUUCAUACUGAAAAUAAACUUACAUUGGUAUUCGAGUAUAUGGAUUAUGACUUGAAGAGAUACAUGGAAUUGAAUGGCUAUAACUCUAGUGGAGCUCUAGAACCACGUAUCGUCAAGUCGUUCAUGUAUCAAUUAUUGAGGGGUAUUCUAUUUUGUCACGAUAAUCGUGUGUUACAUAGAGACUUGAAGCCUCAAAAUUUGUUAAUCAACAGUAAAGGGGUUUUAAAAUUGGGCGACUUUGGUUUGGCAAGGGCUUUCGGUAUCCCAGUCAACACCUUCUCUAAUGAAGUUGUCACGUUAUGGUAUAGAGCUCCAGAUGUCUUGUUAGGAUCUCGGAAUUAUUCAACAUCGAUUGAUAUGUGGUCUGCUGGUUGUAUAUUGGCUGAAAUGUUUACAGGUAAAUCGCUUUUCCCGGGCUCCUCAAAUGAUGACCAACUAUUGAAGAUUUUCAGAGUUAUGGGUACACCAAAUGAACGUACUUGGCCUGGCGUUUCCCAAUACCCAAACUAUCAAUCCAAUUUUGCCUUAUUUAUUCCUCAAAAUUUCCGUGCUUUGAUUCCAAACAUUGAUAAUUUAUCUUUGGAUCUUUUACAAGGAUUGCUACAAAUGAGACCAGAUACCAGAUUGAGUGCUAGACAAGCUCUAAAUCACGUAUGGUUUGAUGAAUAUAAUAACCCUCAGCCAACUUAUAUUACACAGCACAGUAAUUCUCCAACGACGGAUUUAAAUGUUAAUCAACAUAGUGUUCCACAGCAUGGAUAUAAUUACUAA